UAUAAUCUAUAGCCACCUUAAUCCUUUCCCAAUUCAAGAUCUUGUCUCUUUCUUCUCUUUCUCUAGGUCUCCUUAAAAACAAGAUCACAAAAUUCUGAAUCUACAGAGAAAAGAAAUGCUGACAACAACUCUUAGUGGCAACUAUGGCUUCCCUCUGUGCAUCUCUGGGAUCGCUCAGCAGUUAUCUGUCUCUAAACAAAUGGCAGAUCAUGACAAGAGAAGGAAGGGGAUGAAGAAGAGAAGGAGAUCAGAUGAGUUCAGGUCCUUCAGGAGCCAAGGUGAAGAAGAAAUGGGUGUGGAGAGAGACCUAUGGCUUCAAGAGAUGAGAGAGAGUGAAGAUGUUAGAGAACUAUUUGCUUUAUUUCAAGAUCUAGGCUCAUGGAGUUUUUCUUCUUACACAGCUAAAGCUGCUUAGUGUUUAAACUCAAACUCUCGCUUAGAUCUCAUUUUGAGUUCUGCAUGUUUCUUGUAAAACUGAAGAUCAGAUCAAAAAUCCUUAAAAACAUUCCUGGUUGUUUUCAGUGUUGUUUUACACGUCUAUUCUGUCGUUUGUGUGAUGUUUUGCUGCCUCUUUUGGCUUUAUCCUAUAAUUUUGGUUUCUUGCUC